UAACUUGCAUAUGUUGCUACGGUUACCAGCGCCAUUCAGGGACAACUGUGCUGGCUGAGCAGAGGAAAACACUCCCCAUGUGAUAAUGGUGCGAAAUUAUGCGAGUGACCCACUUCCUCCCUCUGUCCCCCUGCCAGCGACUACGAGUAUCAUUCAUCCCCUGAGCACAACGCACUGCAUUGACGGAGAGCCAACAGGAUCAAACCGGGCAAAGCCAGUCAUGCUGCCCAAUCAUCACAAAGUAAGGGGAAGGCAUCGAAGUGGGCACAUUCCUCUUGAUAAACGUCGUGCAGACAACAGAGAGACAAAAGCUUCAGCUUCAGCAUGGUGCUCUGACUGAUGUCCUGUCCAGGUGGGUGCGCUGUGCAUCACAUCAAGCUUCUCCAUGCAUUUAAUCAACAAAUUACAGGCCUGCAGCCUGACAAGCAGCGGCCAUUGCUGUGGCUCAAUGAAGAACUUGUGAAUAUGCACGAGGGAAGGACUCUACCUUUCACUUCGGUGACUUCCCCAGAUGCUUUGGCCCAAAGAAAGAUGGAAAGGAAUGGGAAGAACUUGAGCCAAGGCUGCUGCACAGCACCCAUUCAGUGAGCCAACAGGAGAUCCUCCACACGCCACGUCGCUGAGCCUCUCGCCCUUUCCUUUUGACCCCGCGACCUACAAGCACCAUGACCUCUGAGCUGGAGAGCAGCCUGACCUCAAUGGACUGGCUCCCCCAGCUCAGCAUGAGGGCGGCCAUCCAGAAGGCAGAUGCGGGACACCACCUCAGCCACCACCACGGACACCACCACCACCACGCUCAUCAUCACGGGCACGGGCCUGGCAAGAAAAUCGCCCAUCUAGACCCGGGAACAACGCUGGACCAGGAGGAAGCUGCACAGCACAGGGACGGUAAACCGCCCUACAGCUACGCCAGCCUGAUCACCUUCGCAAUCAAUGGCUCGCCACGCAAACGGAUGACCCUCAGUGAGAUCUACCAGUGGAUCUGUGACAACUUCCCUUACUACCGAGAGGCGGGGAGCGGCUGGAAGAAUUCUAUACGACACAACCUGUCCUUGAACAAGUGUUUUCUCAAAGUGCCUCGCUCCAAAGACGACCCUGGAAAAGGUUCCUACUGGGCCAUAGACACCAAUCCUAAAGAAGACACAGUACCCAGCAGGCCAAAGAAGAGACCGCGCUCCGGAGAAAGGGCAUCAACUCCGUACAGUCUGGAGUCAGAGUCUCUGAGGAUGGACUGCAUCAUGUCAGGAGGGGCGUCCCCCACUCUGGCCAUCAACGCUGUAACUAACAAGGUAGCCCUUUACAACCCCGAGGCAGAAGGCAGUGAGAGUCCUGGGAGUCUGGGCAGCCUGAGCAACAGUCUUUCAGAGCAGAGUUUGGCGUCCGUCAACCUUAACAACCUGAACACCGCCGUCAGCAGCGGCAGUAACGUACACAGCUACACACCGGUGAGCAGCCACUCAGAGCCUUCGUCUCAGUCCCUGAGCCUCCAGCAGCCCGCCCAGCCGCCGCCGCCUCCCCCUCCUCCUCCUCAGCCCCAGUACGGUUUACCUGUCCCGGAGUCACGGGACAAGCAGCUCUGUUUCUCCGACUUUGAGGACCUCAGUGCUUCUUUCCGCAGUCUUUACAAGUGUGUCUUUGAGCAGUCCUUCUCACAGCAAGGUUUGAUGGGUAUGCCCGGCGAUUCCAGCCAGCAGGCCCGGACCGCCUGCUCCUACCAGCACUCUCCUGGUGCGGGAAACGGUGUUGGCCACCACCACCAACACAACCACGGCCAGGCGGCGCACCACCCCCACCACCCUCAGCAGCACCUCUCCCCUCACUCCACCCACAGCCAGCACCAGGUGCACGGGCAGCAGCACGGGCAGCACCAGCAGCACCCUGCUCAUUCCCAGCAGCACUCGUCUCUCUCCCACCAGAGUCACACUGGACAAACCUGCCCCACAACGGGCAUGUCAUCAGACUGGUACCCAAACCUGGACUGGCUGAAGGAGAGCUGCCGCAUUGCCACCAGCUACAACUGGGCCGAUGUGGACCUCUCCCCAUUUCAAGGUCUGAAGGAGAGCAUGCGGCAGGCCGAGCUCAACAACUGGACGCUGGACGCCGCCCAGAUGGCCGACCUGUGUUCCUCAAUUAACCAGUUCUUCACGGCCACAGGGGUCAUCCCCCCGCAGGGCGCCGCCCACCCACAAGCUCAGGUCCAACACCCGACACCACCAGGAGCACCGCAGCACCCGGCUCAGCCGCACGGGGCGAUGCACCCAAAGGCCAGCCAGCACAAUCAGCACGGGCAACACAACCAACAUAACCAACACAUCAGCACGGGGAACAUGUACAUAGACUCGAGACAGAGCAUUUCCUCUCUGAUGGGCCCACCAGGAUACCCCCACAUGCCUCCCAUGAGCAACACUGCUCCCACCAUGACAGGCGACUCCUCCAUUGCUCUCCUAACAGGUCAUCUCAGCCAGCUGAGCCAGCAGCAGCAGCAACACAGGCUGCCUCUGGGACACUUCCAGGUGAGACGCAUGCUCGCUGCAGAUGACAUCCAGGACGACUUCGACUGGGACUCCAUCGUCUAAACUUAGCGGAACAGAGGGAUGAGGAGAGAGAGAGUGGAGAUGAGAGAGACGUGUGAGGACAGGUGAGGUAUGGAACUAGCCGACCUCUUUUCACCUGUGUGAAAAAAAACAGAAGACAAUCCAACAGAAAAACAAACAGAAAGUCAUUUUUCUGAUCUUGCUGGCCUUUUUUCCCCUCCCUGAUACAAGUGGAUGUUGAGUCUAUGUCUAGACAAUCAUUAAAAAAAACAGGACUUACAUGGGAUUGGACCAAGAUGUAAACACACAUCAUCCAAAGCGAAAUGACAUCUGAAGCUCUCUGAAUUGUCUCAUGUCGUGUCCCCCCCCCCCCCCCCCCCCAGUGCCAACAGGGUUACAAGUCGCCAAAGUGUUGUCAAAACUGUCUGUGAAUUUCUUUUUUGUUUCUUAAAUUUUUGUGUUUCCUGCUACAACAUGUGUGCCACGUCUGCAAAGUUUCAGCGCCUGUGAAACCUCAUCUUCUUCAAACUCCCUGUAGAAAAAUUAUCUUUCACACACAUUCAAGAAACAUUUCCAUCUUUUUCAUGUCUUUGUUCUCUCCAAUAAUGGGCAUCUGUGUGGCUGUGGGGCUUUAAAAACUACAGUUAGAAGGAGGAUUUAUGAAGAAGAAAGUAAUGACCUGUUCCACUUGAAACAGAAGUGGUUGAGUGAAGCACCACCUGCUGGUUAAAACGGCCACAAAAAAGUUCUAUGCACCACAGUCUGUCCUCUCUUUAUUCUUCUUCUGUCACAUUGGACACCAUUUAUAAACUUCUUUAUCAUUUAAAUGACGUUAUUGUGUGUGUGGGAAAAGUCCAUGGUGCCAUGUUCUCAGGGUGUUACAUUCAUAUACCAUGUCAGACCAACACAAAGCUAUUUACAUCUCUGUGCGCGAGGUUAUUGCGUGUUGUUCGGUGCUGUCACUUCCCGUUGGCGAACAGCGAGCCUCUUGGUACCUGUGGUCAAAAAGUUUAAAAUCUUCAUUUGUCAGCUUAUAAGCUAACUGAUAGAAAAUACUGUGGAAUAAGCUUUUUCAGUAGCUCAAACAGCAGCCACUUAUCAAAACGAGAUGCUGGCUAGACUUGGAUUUUGUCAACAAACAUACAGGUGCAUCUCAAUAAAUUAGAAUAUCAUGGAAAAGUCCAUUUCCAGUUCAAGUCAAAUAGCCCCAACCAAGUAUUGAGUCAUAUAGAUGGACAUCAUUUUCAGAGGCCAACAUUUCCAUAUUAAAUAUAUUUUUAAAAUUGGUCUUUUGUAAGAUUCACACUUUUUUGAGACACUGAAUUUUAGGUCUUCAUUAAAUGUAAACCAUAAUCAUUAUAAUUAAAAGAAAUGAAAUAUAUUAAGACGUAAAAUGUUUAAUUCUGUGUGUAAUAGAUCUAUAUAAUGUGUUAUUUCCACUUUUUGAAUUGAAUUACUGACAUAAAUACAUUUUUCUAUGAUAUUCUAAUUCAUUGAGAUGCACCUGUACAUAGUUUAUUUGUGAUAUAAUUCCAUUUUUCAAGGUUUUUUAUAAUUUUAGGAAAGUGCAUAUCAAGUAAUGAGCAGGCAGAGAAGGUCAGACGUGAUUUUAAGACGUCUCAUUUAGGAGACGACAAGCAGUUUUUGCACAACACCAAACGCGAAAGCAUCUAGUGAAUGAGAGAAAUAAAAGAAAACCGUGAACAUUUUAUUUCUUUGUUUCAGAAGACUUUUAAAAAAUACAAAAAUAUAGAUCAGCAGAGGAGCAAAGACUUCACAAAAGUGUCAAAUGCUCAACUUUUCUUACUGUGAUGUUUAAUUUUGUCUGUGUGUACAAGUGUGUAUAGUCCUCUCUGAUUUCCUUUUAGCAUACAGCUCCGUACAGCUCAAAAAAUACACAUAAGAAACAAGUAAUUUGUUUGUAUUAAGUGGGUUCAAAGUGAAAUGUGGGACCUUAAAGUGCUCUUUCGUUUGGAAGAUCUCAGUGAUUGUUCGAAUGGUCUAAACAAGGUCUCAUUGUAAAAAAAGAAGAAAAAAAAUGAAGAAGAAAAAAAAAGAAAAAUACUCUUUAUUAUUGCCAUUACAUGCUGUAUUACAGUGACCAGCAUAUAUAUCUUAUAUGUUUGUGUGUUGUUGUCCAUGUAAAUAACAGUAUGUUACUCCUAUGUUUGCCCUUGAAAAACACAGACUGAAAAGAGAAAAAUCGCAAAAGGAGAGAAAGUAUUUUGUUAUUUGUCCUUCAGGAGACACAGUAUGUACAUAUCUUCAGUAUAUUGUAAAUAAGUGAAAAAAAAACUGGCAUUGGCUUUUUGUGUGUUAUAAAUAAUCUGUGUAUGGCAGUUCAACAGUUAAAAUCUGUUUCAGUGUUUAUUAAAAUGUCAUUGACCAUU